AUGGACGCUGGUAGGUCCGGCACCGUCCGGCAAGUCCAGGAGUUUCAACUCAUCCGCUUGAUCGACUCCGUGAUGGACGUUUGGGUUGAUCGUGGUCUUGGCUAUCACUGCCCCUUCCUACCUUUGACCAUCCGCUGGGACGAGUCUGAUCGUGUCGACCUGCCCGGCUGCUGGACUGAGUUGGACUGGGCUGGGCUGGGCUGA